AUGGAGCGGUACGCAGGUCGCGUCGCCCUGGUGACGGGCGCCAACUCCGGCAUCGGCGCCGCCACCGCACGGGCGCUGCUCAGGAGGGGGCUCGAGGUCGUCGGCCUCGACAAGAGGAUCGACAGGGUCCAGGCUCGAGAACUGAAGGACGCUCCGGGUAGGCUCUAUCCAUUGCAAUGUGACGUCAGCUGCGAGGAGAAUGUUCCACGGGCCUUCAAAUGGAUCAAAGAGAAUUUAGGAGGGGUCGAUGUUCUUAUCAACAGCGCCGGCAUUUGCAGAGAAAACCUUCCAACAACUGGACAGACAGCCGAGUGGCGUCACACACUGGACGUCAACGUCCUGGGGCUGUCCGUCUGCACGAGGGAGGCCGUCCAGAGCAUGCUGGACAGGGGAGUCGACGACGGCUUCGUCAUCCACAUAUGCAGUAUAGCUGGCCACAUCAUGCCAUUCGAUCCAUUGUGCUCGAUGUACCACGCCAGCAAACAUGCUGUCAAGGCUCUGCUUGAAGGACUGAGGAAGGACCUGGUUGCCAGGAACAGCAAGAUACGGUGUGGGGAAAUAUCGCCAGGAAUUGUGAAAACAGAUAUAUACAAUAACUUAAAAAAGUAUUCGCUUGAAGCACUGGAAAAUAUGCGUACGCCUAUGAUGGAACCUGAAGACAUAGCGGAUGCAGUUAUCUAUAUGUUGUCGCAACCUCCACGUGUUCAAGUACGUACUGAUAAUGGUCGCAAAAGAUGCAGAUAA